CUAGACACGACGAUUGACACAGCCGAUCUGGACAACACAACGCAGCAGCAGCAGCAGCAACAACAGCCAGAGGAGGAGGAGGAUGAUGGAAGCAUGGAGUCACAGCAAGCACAGGCGUUCAAUCCCGAGACAGGCGAGAUAAACUGGGAUUGCCCCUGCUUGGGUGGAAUGGCGCAGGGCACUUGUGGAGAACAGUUCAAGGAGGCGUUCUCUUGUUUCGUGUACUCCGAGGAGGAGCCGAAGGGCAUGGAUUGUAUUGAUGCAUUCAAGGCCAUGCAGCAGUGCUUCCGCGAUAAUCCCGAGGAAUAUGGCGCGGAGCUGGGCGAUGAUGACGACGACGAC